AUGGCAGAACGCCCCCAAUUCUUCCCAAACACUUUGACCCCACCAACCAUAAACGCGGCAACUCUGGCCUCGAGUCUGGAGGAACUUCGUAUUGCUGUUCGCAAUGGAGCUGAACAAGUAAAAGAAAACACACCUCUCCCUGAAUCCUGGGGGUCUCAUGGCAUAUUUAGGGCUUUUCCAGGUAUUGCCCUUACCUUCUUGCGCUUGGACUAUCAGACAUCCGUGUUAGGAGACACAAAGGAGACCUCUCUAGACUACCGUCAGCUUGGUCUGCAGCAAGUUCCGUCAGGUUUGCCAGAGGCACCUCUGCUACCAUCCCGGUUGUCAGCAAUUGGCUCUUCUUCGCCUGUGACUGCUAUUACUCUGCGUAUUCUAGCUGCACUUGCAAAGGAUAAUUGGGGAAAUGGAAAAGCAAACAUCGCGGUGGAAGAUAUUUCUUGUCUUCUCGAUGCUGUGCAAAUAGCAUUGAAGAACGAGCCUCUUGUUGCCCAUGAUGGCCGCAAAAUGGGCGGAGACGAGAUUCUUUUUGGUCGAGCAGGACUCCUUUGGACCUUACUCAAUAUUAGGGCUCAUACUUUUGAUGAAAAAACGCAGACAGCCCUUACUCCAGUUCUGGGUAAAAUCCCUGACAUUAUUCGCGUGAUUAUCGAUGCCGGGCGACAGGGCUCGAAGAGUUACAUUAAUAAGAACGGGGAUCAAGAGGCACAUCCAUUGAUGUACGCAUGGAUGGAAGAUCAUUAUUGUUUUGGGGCGGUCCAUGGAAUCACUGGCAUCCUGACCAUUAUUCUCUCGGCUAAGCCUGACGAACUGGCCGAGCAUCUUCCCGUGAUUGGUGAUAGCAUCACUGCACUGUGCAAGCUAUCCAUUUCCACCAAUGGCCAUCUCCCAAUGACAUUGCCUCCUUUCAGCUACGGACAACGCUCUGAGCUAGUUCAAUUAUGCCACGGGACCCCCGGCCUAUUGAUCCUUCUAGCUGCCGCCUUGAAAAACACCGCCUUGACCCGUGCCCAUUGGGAUCCGUCCUGGGACCAGGCCAUCUACUUGGGCACUGAGCGUGUCUGGGAAGAAGGACUGCUUUCCAAAGGAGGCAGUCUCUGCCACGGCAUUUCAGGAAAUGCCUGGCCAUGGCUUCUCCUGCAUAACGCUUUCGAGUAUUCGUCAAAAAACUUGGAUAACGGCCGAGAGGCAUACCUCCAGCGCGCCCAGCUGUUAGCGCUGCCAAAUGCAGACGUGUCCCAGAGGCUUACAGGCGACUCCUUCCUCUCGCGUGCACUUGCAUUUAUGAUGCAUGCACGUGAGACUCGGCCAUACAACACCUCUACUGCCGAUCCUGAGAAAGACUACCGCAUGCCAGAUGCCCCGUAUGCGUUGUUUGAGGGUCUCGCCGGCAAUGUUUGUGCGUGGGCCGAUACCUGCGCAGUACUCCAGGCCAAAUUGCGCAAAAUGGAACUGGUUGAACAGGGCGUCUGCGCUACCUCUGGUGUGCCAAAGGACGAAGCAUUCCAAGAGGCUCUACUUAAGCAAAUUGGCUUCCCAGCCCUGGGUGGAAAUGGGGCCACUGGGCUCUACUAA